UGACAGCACAACAAAGCCCUGCAACCCCUUCUGGGUCCCUCUCACAUUUCAGGAUGUUGGUUGACCUCAGAAAGUCCUCCUUGGAUCAGAUGAAGCUGAUGGGCCUGAUUGAUCUCACUCUCAUAUUGAUCCUGGCGUCUAAUUCAAAAGGUCAAAGCUGGGAUGUUCAUGUCUCUGGACAUAUCAAUGCAACCUUGGGUUCAAAUGUGACCAUACCGUGUACAUUUACCAUUCCACCUUUAUACCAGACUGAAAGUGUUAAAGUUUACUGGAAAAAGCGUGAGGGAAGCAACUUUGAUUCCAUUACAAACAACAAAAAUCCAUAUGUUUUUCACCCGAAUAACACACUUGUGCUUGAGAAGUACAGAGGAAAGACCAAACUCAUUGGAGAUGAAAGCAAAGGAAACUGCUCCCUCAAGAUCAAUGGCAUCAGGCAUAAUGAACCAAACAUCUAUGUGAGAGUUAUCGCAAAGAAGGAGUACUUCAGUUUUUAUGAUAAGUUUGUUUCCAUUUCUGUAUCUGGUCCGGGUGUUUCACCAAUCCCUCCUGUUCCAGCUGUUAGGAUACUACUAAUUCCCACCUUUCAAACAACAACAAUUUCCUCCCAAGUGAGUACGACCCAGGAGUCUCCACCGCAAUGGCAGAUGGCCAUCUCUGUAUCAGUGGGUGCAAUUCUGAUCGUUAUUGUUGUCGUUGGAAUAGUCUUUGGCAUAAAACACAAAAGGUCAAAAUCUUUUACCAGGGAAGAUUCUGGACAUUAUGCAAAUUUUAGCCGAGCAAACCAAUUGAAAAGUGAAGCAUCUUGCAAAAGACAAGAGCACAAGGAACCCUCCGAACUGAAGGACAUUGAUGAACCUGUCUACAUCAACAUUGAGGCCCCUCCAGAUCAGAUGGCUCAAAGUACGGAUCACUCAGACAAUAUAUAUGGAAAUGUGGAUUAUUCAAAAUAGUCGAAAAGCUGCUUCUCACAAAUCUAUUUGGAACUUCAUUUUGAACGGUAUUUCUGUAUCCUGCAUGUGUGAACAUGGUUUUGUUAUCACGAGUAAGAAAGGAAUCAUUGCAUCCUCUAAAGGAUUUUAUGAGAUAAAAACGACAUGCCAUUAAUAAAAACAAAGCAGAGUUACAGUUAGUCUUCUGUAUUUACUGGCUCAUAGUUGCAGAAAUUGUGAGAGGGCAUCCCCCUCAAUCUGAUGGGCCCACCAAGAGACGACCAGAAAGAGACGAAAAACAACUACAAUGAGACUACCACAAGAGACAAAAAAUGGCCACUGUGUACGACUACACAGAGACAAAAAAGAAAACACAAUGAGGUGCAAAACUACAAAGUCAAGCAAGCUGCGUCAUUUGUAGUUGUUUGGUGUCUCUUUCAGUCUGGAUGUCCUAUAUGAAGUAGAGAUGGGAGACCUUAUGCAUGUCUGUUUCCAGGGACCAAUUUCCCAGUGACAAAUAGAUGAUAUUUCUUUAUAUAAUUUCAUAUAUAAGUUGUUUAUUUGGCCUUUGUUUAUUACAGUGGAUAUGUAACCAUUGAUAAUGGACAGUUUAUUAUUGCUCAGAACCAAGGCUUCAAAUGUGUCUUAACACAUUAUCACUCAUUUUACAAAUGUGCCCCCUGGUGUGACCUGCAAUCGAUGUUUACCUUUUAAUGCUGUGAUCUUUCCCUCACCAUAACCAAGCGUGAAACGGGAGAAGAUAUCAAGAGUUCCGUUUUCUGUGGAAUAUAUUCAUGUAAUCUGCUAUGUUCCACUGUACAGCUGUGCAACUUCACUUGACACAUCUUGGGUGAUGUGACAUGAUGCAUUGUGUUUUUUCUAGUCUUUCUCAAUAUGUUUGUCAAUUCACUUCAUGUGUCAUCUGGGCAGGAGCUGAAACUUCUGUUUUCUUUUCUGAUUCAGUCUCUUAUUUAGAGAUGAAGUUCUUUUUUGUAAUGCCAUUUAAUUUAGAACUAUGAUAUAGAAUAAGAACUGUACCAAACAAUAAAAGGUUAAAAGUG